CGCCGCGCUUCCUCUAACUUGUAAACAUUUCGACAGCGACUGAUUAGCAGACCGGCUACCCGUGGCCGAACAGAUUGGCACCCUCGACCACCCCAGCGAACCUGAAACCUGAGGUCCAGAAUUUGCAGUAAAAGGGUUCACACAGUGGUUGCAGUCACCCAGAGCUGGAAUGGGUUCCGUUCCUUGGCGCUCACGAUGGAAAACAAAGAUAAAGACGAGGUAGAUAAACUGAAGACGAGAUUGAUGUCGGCCUGGAACAAUGUGAAAUACAGCUGGGUGCUGAAAUCAAAGACGUAUUUUAGCCGCAAUUCUCCAGUUUUUCUCCUGGGAAAAUGCUACCAUUUUAAGGCUGAAGACCUUGAGGACCCUUUGGAGAGCUCCAGCACUGUACCUUCAGAUUAUGAACUGGUGGCCGGGAACGUGGAAGCCUUUCGGCGGGACUUCGCGUCCCGCGUGUGGCUGACCUAUCGGGAGGAGUUCCCGGCCCUUCGAGGCUCCGGACUCACCUCGGACUGCGGCUGGGGCUGCACUUUGAGGGCGGGCCAAAUGAUGCUGGCCCAGGCCCUCCUCCUCCACUUCCUGGGCCGAGAUUGGACGUGGGCCGACGCCCUGAGUCUUCCGACUUUGGACACGGAAUCGUGGACCAGCAAUGCUGCUAAGAAGUUGGUGGCAUCUCUGGAAUCGUCCCUUCAGGGGGAAAGGCAUGCUGUCGCAGGUGCCCAGUCCAUGACCCAGACUGGACUAGCAGCAGAGGCUAGUGUCACUCUGCCAGAGGAGUACCACCGCAAGGUGGUGUCCUGGUUCGGGGACCUCCCUUCUGCUCAGCUGGGCAUGCACAAGUUGGUGGAGUGUGGCCGGUCGUCGGGAAAACAGGCCGGGGAUUGGUACGGGCCAGCUGUUGUGGCCCACAUCCUGAGAAAAGCUGUUGAGGAGGCAACAGACCCUGAGCUGCGAGGCGUAACGGUUUACGUUGCUCAGGACUGCACAGUUUACAGUGGCGACGUCAUGGACAGCCACAGAGGGCUGCCUCUGAGACCAGGGACUACUGCACAUAUGGACUGCCGAGCCGUCAUGAUCCUUAUCCCCAUCAGGCUCGGGGGGGAGAAAAUCAACACCGAGUACCUGGACUUUGUUAAGGGAGUUUUAAGCCUGGAGUUUUGCCUGGGCAUCAUCGGUGGCAAACCCAAGCAGGCGUACCACUUUGUGGGAUUUCAAGAUGACAGCUUGAUUUACAUGGAUCCUCAUUACUGUCAGUCUUUUGUGGAUGUCAGCACAAGCGACUUCCCCCUGGAGUCUUACCACUGUCCGUCACCAAAGAAGAUGCCUUUCAACAAAAUGGACCCAAGCUGCACGAUUGGGUUUUACUCCAGAAAUGUCCGGGAUUACGAGCAGAUCAGCGAGGAACUGUCAAAGGUGCUGCGACUCUCAGCGAAAGAGAAAUACCCAGCGUUCACCUUAAUGAAGGGUCACGGGCAGGAUUAUGACCUCUCCCGCCCGCAGUCCCGCGAGUGGCCUUUCCUGGGGGAGUCGAGGAGACCCGGCGCUACGUCGGGAGACUUCGUGCUGCUCUGAGGCCCCCAGCGUCCGACGGCAUGCUGACGGCGCGGCCGCGGAAACGCCGCUGCUCGCUCCCGCUUUGAUCGUUUGUACUCUAAUCCUGAGAUCCUUGCGGCCCCCGCCAGCACUCCCAUCACGAGCUCAUUUCCAAUCAAGCCUUACUGGGAAAGGAAAGACAAUUAGCGGGUAGAUUACUGCUGCAGACUGUCGUUUGUUUUGCGAGCGCACUGAAAGUGACUGACGCGUGUGCGUGUAGGUGGUUCGUGCUGGUGUGGAUGGCAGCGUAGCUCAAGUUGACGGUACGAGGAACGUGGCAUCUUGUGCGUGAAAGGAUGGGCGCAGCCGUUCAAUGAAAGAAAAUAAUUUAGCCAAAAAAAAAGAGAGAAAACAUUUGCCUUGCUAAGUAAAGCUGUGCUGUGUUAGGCUGCAGCCUGGGGAAUUCACUGUGAUCCUGUUAUGUUACACAGAAACCUUGUUAUGACAGAAAAAGACACUUGUCUCAUAUAAAGUAGGCGGUGAAUCACCUUUAAAGACCUUCUGGUCUUACCAAUGUAGUGUGAUGUGGACGCUGUGCAACACUCUUACUGCUUUUAGAAAACCAUAAUACUAAAGAAAGUGCUUCUUGGAAACUUUCAGCUUGAUUGUGCAGUGGAGCGGUGCUUGGUUUCGUUUACAAUCAAUAAAAUAAUAAAUGCAAGAUACAGCA